AUGGCGUCGUCGUUCAUGUCGCAGGUGCGCGCUCUCCGCUCCUAUCGCAUGACUCCGCUCGCUCGUCCUCCUCCCGCCCGUCGCCCACCCGCCAUCUCCGCCGAAUCCGCUCCUGCCGUGCUGCUGCGCGUGCUGCGCGCGUACAUCCGCGAUGCCGACGGCGCGGCGGCGUCCGACCUCAGCGUGUCGCUUUCGGGCGGCUCCCUCACUCUCAGAAACUUCGAGCUCAACCUGCCAGUCCCCCCUCACGUGCGCGUGGCGGUGCGGCGCGCGUGGGUGGGCGAGCUGCGGGUGAGCAUCCCGUGGGCCGCGCUGGGCUCGCACCCCGUGGCCGUGGCGCUGCAUGGCGUGCGCGUGCACGUGGAGGCAACGGGGGGAGGGGGGGUUGGAGGGCAGGGGACGGAGGGGAAGGAGAGGGUGUGGAGUGGAGGGAUUUGCUGUGGCAAGGGGGGGGAGGAGGGUGCAAGGGAAAGUGGGGGGGGCGCUGGGGGGCAGCAGGGGAUGGGGCCAAAAGAGGGUGAGCGGGGCGGUGGCGGGGGCGAGAGGGGGGGCGAUGGAGCAGGGAAGGAGGAGGAGGGCGGUGGUGGUGGGAGCGACACGGACUCAGAGUCGUCGCAGGGAAGCAGCAGCAGUGGGGCGGGGCAUGCGAGGGAGGAGCUGGCGGAGCUGCUGGCGCUAGGGGGGCUGCGGGCGUUCCUGCAGCACACCGUGCUGAACGCCAGUGUGACUGUAACGGACGUGCUCCUGCAGUACUCCACGCCGUCUGCUGUGCUGUCUCUGCGCUGCGAUAAGCUCCUCCUCCACUCCACUGCACCUGACUGGACCCCUGCCUUUGUGGUGCGCGCUGCUCCCACCCUCCUGCUGUGCUGCUUCUCCUAUCCAUUCAUGCCCAUCUUUCACUCGCACAG